AUGCGACUCGCGACAUGCCUCGGGCCAUGGCUGGCGGCUGAAGCGCAUUGUCUGAGCCUAUUCAGGGGACCAGGCCUCAUCGCGCGUCAAGAUACACCGUCAGCGUCCAAUUUCUUGCGGAGGUCCUUUUCUUCAGCUGCCGUCUUGGGCGACUAUGUGUACAUUGACGGAGGCCGAAUUUCGCAAAUCCCCUUCACAAAUGCCAGUAGUGACGACUUGGGCGACAUAUUUCGUGAAGUGAACUCGACGAUCUCCAUCAGUCUAAAGGAAUCCUGGAGCACCUCAAAGAUCGACAUGAGAUCAAUCACCAAGAACUCUCAAAAGCUAGAUAGCCAGUCAAUCUGGCUGGGACCCUCCGGAAAGGAAUUCUAUACGUGGGCUGGUGAAAAGAUAUACAACCGCAAACUGCCAGAUAAAGAUGUUUGGCGCUUCACAGCCGACGGUAGCGGUGGCGGCAAGUGGGAAAGGGUGACGCCUUCGAACCCCAUCACGUUCCAAAAUCUGUUGCGACCGACCGAUGGAACUUACACGCAGAGCAAAGAUACCGGGUAUUACUUCGGGGGCAUCGUGAGGAGGCGGAGCGACUACUCCAUCUCAGACUGGAACGUGUCCAUUCCCACCCCAGGACUCGUGUCGUACAACAUGACAUCUGGAGAGAUCAAGAAUACGACAAGCGAGUUCGGCCAAUACGGGACUUUCAAGGAAGGGUCUUCGCAAUUCUUACCCUUCGGAGACGCUGGCAUCCUUCUCUUCCUUGGCGGCCUAGAGGCGCCUAGGACGUCGAGAGGCGGCGACUGGAAGGAGGUGGACUUCACCCGGGUGACGCUGUUUGAUAUCGAAGGGCAAAGGUGGUAUACACAGGGCACUACUGGAUCUAUACCGGCAACUAGGAGGCGCUUCUGCACGACUGGCAUUUCGGGGCCAAACAACACCUUCGAAAUCUUCAUGUAUGGCGGUUUUGGUUCACAGGGCGUCUUGAGCGACGUCUAUGUGCUCACCGUCCCUGGUUUCAACUUUUUCAAAGCGAGCGGCUAUUCAACACCACGAUUCGACCAAGCCUGUGUUGCCGCUGGACGAGGCCAGGUGCUAUCGAUUGGCGGGCUUGCGAAAAUAGUCCCCCGCGAAGGAUGGACCGACCCGGAUCCUUGGCCUAAUGGACUAGGCGUGUUCGACAUGACAGAGAUGCGUUGGAAGGAUGGGUACGAAGCUGAUGACGCAGCGUACGAGCCCUCAAAGAUAGUGAAGCAAUGGUACAAUGAGGGAGGCCGGGAUAAUGUUUCCUGGAGGUUCUAUUCUCGAACUCUCCAAAACAUUUCAACAUCUCCUGGACCGACUUCAACGCCCGGAGGAAACGACACAGCUAGCGAUGGCGAGGAAAAACACUCGUCUUCACCCUCUGCUGGCGCCAUAGCAGGCGGCGUUGUUGGUGGAGUUUUCGGCAUGGCUCUCCUAACUGGUCUCGCUUUUUUCCUGAUCAAACGUAAGAAGAAGUACGCAGCAACGCCACAACAGCCCCCACACGAUCCGCCAAAUGAGGAUUCAGUCUACCAAAAGUAUGGUUCACAGUCCACGGCGUAUGGAGGCCAGAACACACAUGAGCCUCACCAGCUUCAUGGCGAGUCCAGUCAUUUGGAAAUGGAUGGCUCUUCUGCUCCAGCUGAGGUCCAUGGUUGCUCGGGUCCAGUCGAGUUACCAGCAGAGACUACUGUUAACGGAAACUACGUCUACAUCGACGGUGGUGAGAUCUCAUGGAUGAUUAAUGGGACAAAUGCCUUAACGGACGAUCGUCCAUCAAGAUCCGUCAACUUGACGCUCUCGAUCGACCUCCAAUCGUCAUGGUCCACCUCAGACGUUCGCAUCAAAGUCUCGGACAAGGACAAUGUUAUACCAAAGUUGAACUUCCAAGCCAUAUGGCGGGACCCCGAUUCGAAAGGUUUCUACAUCUGGGGCGGCGAAACGCCGUAUAACGAUACUGUGAAGCCAUCAAACAUCUUUCACUUUGACGCCAAUGAAUCUGGCAAAGGGUCUUGGAAAGAUGUCGUUGCUGACAACGUUGAUGAUUUCAAUAAAUUCAAGCAACCAAAGGGGGGUGCUUUCGCUCAGAGUAAGGACAUGGCAUACUAUUUCGGUGGGCUGGCCACGCCAAGAACCGACAGUUCGAUCCCAGAGGGGAAAUUUGUCGCACUGACAGAUCUUGUGACGUUCAACAUGACCAGCAAGAGGGUUACAAAAACAUCGCCAGCCGGUUUUGGAGAACAUCGCACUUUCCGUUAUGGGUCUAUGGAGGCCAUACCUUUUGGCUCUCAGGGACUGCUCCUCGUGCUCGGCGGGUCACAAGCUCCUCCAUCGGCAAGCUCCGAUGAGGAUUGGGUUUUGAUGGAUUUUAAACAAGUGCACUUGUACGACAUCAAAGCUGGGAGGUGGUAUCAGCAACAAACGACUGGAGAUUGGCCGACAGCAAGAGAAAACUUCUGUACGGUGGGUGUCGAUGGACCGAACAACACAUUCGACAUCUUCAUGUAUGGCGGUAUGGGAAACGAUGGCAUAUCCAAUGAGGUCUACGUCCUGACUUUGCCUGGGUUCCACUUCUUCAAAGCCAACCCCAGUUCGACUAUAGAACUGACUCCUCGCAUGAAUCAUGCCUGCGUUCUUGUUGGUAGGCGUCAAAUGCUCUCUAUCGGGGGAAGCAACCACGAGCACUCAUUCAAAGUUUGGGCUAAUCGUGACCCUUGGACGCGUGGGCUUGGCAUUUUCGACAUGAUGCAAUGGACCUGGAGGGAUCAGUAUUACGCCACCGCAGCUAAGUAUACUGGCCCAGAGGAGAUCCGGCAGUGGUAUGAAGGAGGUGGCAUGGAUAAAGUCAACUGGGCGGAUGACGAGCUGAAGUCUUUAUUUGCUCUAAAACCUACGUCUGAGCCAACCAGCAACACAAGUCCCAAUGAAGACUCCAAACCGAGUAUAGGCGCGAUCGUAGGUGCAGUAGUCGGUGGUGUCGUUGGGUUGAUUCUGAUAAUGGGCAUCGUACUGUUCUUCUUGAAGCGUAAGAAGCGAAAAGCUGACCAUGUCUCCAACGACGUGGCCGUAAAUCCGCCAGCGUACGAGAAGCGUGGUUCGGAGAUUCAACAGGCACCUGGCUCAGAGUAUACAGCUCUGCGGGGCUCUGCGAUUCCAGAUGUCCACGAGAUGUCUGGAGAUCUUACUGCGUUUGAGUUGCCAGGAGAUCAUGGGACGUCUGAGAGGAACGAUUCGAAUAGCAGAAAUGAGGUGUCUGGGUGA